AUGUUCUUAUUACAAGGAGUGUUUCACUUAAUAGCGUUUGUUGCUGUUGUGUUUUCAAUGGCACCAGAAGGUUCCAGUACUCUUAUAGUCUAUGACCCAAAAUUAACUGAAUUAUCUGAAUAUUCAAAAUUCAUCGAAGGAUUAACCACCCGUUCACAUGAUAUCACUUAUUUACCUAUUAAUAAUGAAACAAAAAACAUUGACUUAUUCAUUCAUGAUAAUGAUAAGAAGUAUAAUCAUUUAGUUUUAUUACCUGUUAAAGGUAAAAAAGUUACAAGAAUGCUUACAGAUAAAUUAUUAUUAAGAUUUGUUGAAGACGGGGGUGAUAUCUUAGCUGUCACUUCUCCAAUUACUCAAACAGACUCAAUUCGUUUAUUUUUAAAUCAACUGGGCAUCUUUACAGCCCCCCGUGGUUCUAUUUUAAAAAAUCCAUUACAAGGAGAAAAUGACGAAUUAAUUAAAGUUGGUGGCAAACAUAUAUUAAAUAAAUAUGUAUUAGGCUAUGACUUUAAUGAUGAUGAUGAAUUUAUCUUUUCUAAAGACACAUCCGCUUGCUUAGUCGGUGAAGGUUCCCAAUUGAUACCUUUAAUUAACGCUCCCAGAACUUCAUUUACACAAGUUAAAAAUGCUGAACAUUGGACUGAUAGCACUCAAGGAUUCUUAUCUGUUGGUUUCCAAAGUCUUAAUAAUGCUCGUGUUUCAUGGAUUGGUUCUCAAGAAUUUUUGAGUGAUAAAUUCAACAAUAAAAAUGGUUAUUUGGUUGAUGAACUAACUAAAUGGACUUUUAAAGAAAAAUCUAUAUUAAAGAGUUUUGGUGCCAAACAUACUCAUGCUGAUUUAACUACUUAUGAAUCUUUACCAUAUAAGGUUGGCGAUAAAAUUAUUUAUGAAAUUGGAAUCUCUGAAUGGAAUGGAGAAAAUUGGGUUCCAUUUAAAACAGAUGAUUUGCAAUUCGAAUUAAAGUUAGUCGAUCCUUAUUAUAGAUUUAAUUUAAAACAAAAAGAAAUUACAAAUAACGUUUGUGUCUAUACUUCUGGCGAAUUUAAAUUACCAGAUCAUCAUGGUGUUUUCACUUUCGUAACUGAUUAUAAGAGAUCUGGCCUAUCCUUUAUCAAAGAGUCAGACGUUAAAGCCAUUCGCCAUUUAGCAAAUGAUGAAUACCCAAGAUCUUUUGAGAUUUCAAACGCUUGGGUUUAUCUAUCCGGCAUAUUCACUGUCAUUAGCUCUUGGGUUAUUUUUGUCAUAUUAUUCUUAAUAACCGGUAAGAGAAAUGUAAAUCUUGAAAAAAAGAUGAAUUAA